AUGGCGUCCCAGAUCCUCCCUCUUGAACUGAUUGACCGAUGCAUCGGCUCGCGUAUCUGGGUGAUCAUGAAGAAUGAUCGCGAAUUCACCGGUACCCUUCUCGGUUUCGACGACUUCGUCAAUAUGGUCCUCGAUGAUGUUACCGAGUUCGAAACAACUCCCGAAGGGAAGAAGAAGACACAGCUUGCGCAAACCCUCCUGAAUGGCAACAACAUCUGCAUGCUCAUCCCGGGCAGCAGCGGCCCAGAAAGCUAAAGAGGGUCAUAAAUCCCAAGACUUGCAGCAGGUUAGGUUGGGUCAAAUCUAGACUAUGACCUCUGCGACGUGUGUGAAAGCUCUGCGAGACACACGCAAGCAUCAUCCUAAGUUUGAGGAGUUGCGCACCAGGCAUGCAUCAAUCAUCUAGCCAAUGUGCAGCUGGGUUUUUAUCAAUCCCUACUCAGGUGGUUUUGGCGACGAACCGAUCCUUCCCUUUGUAACGAUAAGCAAAGUUCGCGUCUAGG